AUAAUUCACCACGUCAUCACGUCGUUAUAAUCUGUCUCUGUGUCUCUCUCUUCUUCUCACUCUCCGAGUGGGGUGAUAGUGUGACUCUGUAACGAGAAAGCACAAUCAUAUCGAUUCCUUCUUCAAAAGCUCUUUUGCUUUUUUCAUCUCCUUUUCCCUUUCUCUUUUCUUUUGUAAUUUUAUUAAUUAUGAUAAGUGAAAAGGGCUCCUCUUUAAAACCCUUCGAAUUCGUCCAUCUCUUGGUUCUUUGUGGUGGCGAUGGCAUUGGCAGAGGAGCAGCAUCAGAAUUAUCAUGUGGCUGAGGCGAUUCCGGGUACGCCUGGGAUCCAUGAUGUCAGGAUUCAACCCGGUUCUGAGAAUUCCGGGUUCUGUGUUGAUCCGGUUGGUGUUUCUAAUGUACCUGGAAUUAGGAGAGUUGGGUUGAGAGCUGAAAUCGAUACUUCUCCUCCAUUCGGAUCGGUUCAGGAGGCGGUGACUCGAUUCGGUGGUCGUGGUUAUUGGGUUCCUUUCAAGCUUGAUGACACUUUCAAUGGUGAAUUUGACAUUAAGAGAAUGGAGGAGCAUGCAGCGGAGCUUGAGAAGGAUCUGAUUGUGAAAGAGCUUGAAACUUUGGAUGUUUUAGAAGCUCUUGGAUCAACCAAAAGGAUCGUUGAAGAUUUGAAGCGGCAGCUUCAGCAAGAAGCACUGAGAUGCUCUGACCAACUCAGUUCAGAUAUCAAAGAGAUGAACGAUGAGCAUUGCCAUCACAAUCCCAUGUCAUCUCCUGAUUUGAUCUUGAUGGAAUUGAAGCAAGCUAAGAUGAAUCUUGGUAAAACCAUGGACAACCUUGUAGUGAUCCAGUCCUCUGUUGAAUCUCUGAAUAAGAAAAUGAAAGAAGAGAAAGACUUCCUUGAGAAGACACGGGCUAAGCUAACGUAUGGGUUUGGUGGACCGGUAUCUCUAGCUGAGGAGUUGAGUCGGAUUAAGGUAAAACCACAGGUUCAAGAUGAACCGUUAAGGGAGCAGGUUAAGAUGGUUGCUGAAGCCGAUGAAACGGGUUUAAACCUGCAGAACAAGAACAGUCUGAGAACUGCAGAGAUGAGAUUGGUUGCUGCUAGGAAAAUGGAAGAAGCUGCGAAAGCAGCGGAAGCACUUGCGAUUGCUGAAAUUACAAUGUUAUCAUCCAAUGGUGAAAGCCAGGACGAUGAUUCGGAAUUUUGCUUUCCAGAGCCUCCAAGAUCUCCUGUGACACCAAGAGGACUCAGGAUUGAUAAUGACUUCUCCACGGAUAAGAGUUCAAGACGAGGGAUUUUGAAGAAGCUUGAGGAAGCUACUGAAGGAGUUAAACAAAGUAAGCAGGCUUUAGAAGCUGCGUUAAACCGAGUAGAGAUCGCUAAUGUGAAGCAACUUGCAGCUGAAAAUGCUUUCCGCGGGUGGACAAAAGACUCAUUGAAAGGCGAUAACUUUACACCUUUGAAUCAUACCCGACGCUCCUUUUUCAGCCAUUUGAACAAGCAUCACGAGCCACUUGACAUUCUCCCAAAGCCAGUGUUAAAGUCUAAUAUCUCAAUGCGUGAUGUUCUAAGGCGUAAGCAAGUUCCAAAGGAAGAUGUUGUUGCUCCCCAAAGACAGAGCCUUGAAGGGCAAAUACCGAGGCGAAAUGUGAAUUUGAGCCAAAUGUUGAAGGAACUAAAGCAGGAUGUGAAGUUUUCGGCACGGGGAGAGAAAGAGGAGGUACAUGAAGAGAAACAGUACGUCACGCAGAGGAGAAAGUUUGGGUUCAUACACAUUACACUUCCACUGCAGAAGCAGAGCAAGAAAAAAUCCAGCCUUUAAAAACAAACACCUCCCACUAUUUCUAUUUUUAGUCCUUAUUAAUGUGUUUGUAAUUGGUUUUCAUUUUGGUUUGAUAUGGUGUUGAUUGCUUUUCCGGUCUUUUAUAUUUGUUGAUUUUCCAAAAAAUAAAUAUACAAUCUUAGUCUUUAAAUAAAACAUAAUGCUUUGAAUC